AUGUGGAAUGCAGAUACUGCAAGAAGCAAGGACACAGAAAAGGCUUGUUUUCUAAAAAAGAAACGAACGGGAACCAAGAACAGAAGACAAGCAGAAACGAAGACGAUAGACAACACAGAAGAGGAGGAGGAAAAAGAACAAGGGUACAGAACACCAAUAAACAAAAUUAAUUGCAACCGAAUUCCUGACAAGGUAAUUAUUGUUGUCAAAAUCAACGGUUACUGCUUGCCAAUGGAAGUAGACUCAGGAGCAGGAGCAAGCAUUAUUGGGAAGAAAACUUUUCAUGACAUUUUCGGAGACAAACUACCAGAGUUAAGUCCACCGAAGGUAAUUUUAAACGAUUAUCAAGAUAAAGUAGUUGAUACAUUGGGAGAAUGCACGAUCUCCGUAGAUUAUAAAAACAAAAAAAUGAAUUUACCAAUCAUUAUUCUAAAAAACAAUCGAUCCAGUCUAGUGGGUAGAAAUUGGUUCGAUUCAUUGGGAAUUUCCGUAACAGGAAUAGACAAUUGCAUAGUUAGCAAUACACCAAACUACGCCCACGAAUAUCCAGAAGUAUUUGAAGAAAAGGUAGGAACAUACCGAGGUAGGCCAGUAUCAUUCGAUAUUGAUCCAAACGUAAAACCGAUAAUGAUGAAAGUGCGCAAGAUACCUUUCGCGUUAAAAGGGAAAAUCGAUGAUGAAUUAAACAGAUUAUUACGUGAAGGAAUAAUAGAGCCAAUAGAACACCCAAGGUGGGGAACGUCAGUCAAAAAAGCUUUCAAUAAACUAAAAGAAUUACUAACAAAAGAACCUGUGUUAGCACACUACGAUGAAAAUAAACCAUUAGUCGUCACGGCUGAUGCAAGUCCAUAUGGAGUGGGAUGCGUUUUAAGCCAAAGGGACAACGGGGGCGAAGAAACUGUUGUCGCUUAUCAUAGCCAUACAUUAACAACCACGGAAAGAAACUUUGCACAAAUAGAUCGAGAAGCUUUGGCAUUAGCUGUUAAGAAAUUUCAUGAUUAUUGCUACGGAAGAACAUUCGAGCUCAGGACAGACCAUAAGCCUCUACUGGGAAUUUUGGGAAAAAAUAAACCUACUCCAGAAAUCUUAUCGCCUCGUAUGCUGAGAUGGACGAUCAUACUGAAUGUAUAUAACUAUAGUUUACAGUAUAUACCGGGAAAACAGUUAGCAAAUGCUGAUGCGUUGAGCAGGUUACCACUCAAAGCUGAAUGCAGAGAACCACCACGAACAUUGGAAGUACUGAUGUUAGAAAACUUACCUGAAAAAAUGAUAGAAGCAAAAGAUAUAGCGAGUGCUACGGCAAAGGACCCAAUCUUAUCCAGGAUAAGAGAAUGGAUUUGGAAAGGAUGGCAUCGAAAUCCUAAAGAAGUGUAUGCAGAAUUUCAACCUUUUGUGGCAAGAGCCAAAGAAUUAUCAUGUUACAUGGAUUGUAUCCUAUGGGGAACACGGGUUGUGAUUCCACCAGGAGGGAGGAAAGAGAUACUAGAACUACUCCAUGCUUCACAUCCAGGAAUCGUGAAGAUGAAAGCCCUUGCAAGAUCAUAUGUUUGGUGGCCAGGGAUACAUAAGCAGAUUGAGGAAAAAGCAAAUACGUGCAUGGUUUGCCAAGAAACAAGAAAUAUGCCAGCUAAGGCACCACUGCAUCCAUGGGAGUGGGCAAAAGCGCCUUGGUCGCGAUUGCACUUAGAUUUUGCCGGUCCGGUAAAAGGAAGAACAUUUCUAAUUACAAUUGAUGCUUAUUCAAAAUGGCUGGAGGUUCAUACUACAUCAAGUGCUGCAACAAUCUCAGUAUUGAGACAAUUGUUUGCAACUCACGGCUCGCCAGAGAUCAUCGUCUCUGACAACGGUACAGCAUUUAUAUGCAGAAUCUGCAGACUCUGCAGAAUAUAA